AUGAGUAACGACUCGACCAAUCCGAACCAGGCCUGGAAGUUUUCCCAGUGCUUUGGUGAUAAGGGCGAUAUUGAGAACAUCACCGAGGCGGAUGUGAUUUCGGCCGUGGAGUUUGACGACACGGGAAAUUACCUGGCUACCGGUGAUAAGGGAGGCCGGGUGGUUUUGUUUGAACGGAAUGAGACCAAGAAAGGCUGUGAGUACCGGUUUCACACCGAGUUUCAGAGCCACGACGCCGAGUUCGAUUAUUUGAAGAGUUUAGAGAUCGAAGAGAAGAUUAACCAGAUCGAGUGGUGUAAACGACAGAACCAGGCACAUUUCCUGCUGUCGACUAACGAUAAAACCAUUAAAUUAUGGAAGAUUUAUGGCAAGAGUCUUAAAGUUGUUGCCGAGAAUAAUCUAUCAGAUGCCAGUGGUGGGGCCAGUGGUGGUGCCAGUGGUAGUGCAGGUGGUGGUGGUACUUCUGGUGCCAGUCCUCGUAGUUUGUUAAAUGUUAAUUCGCUACGAUUACCACGAAUGACUCUUCAUGACACAAUUAUUGCAGCCAUGCCACGACGCAUUUAUGCCAACGCCCAUACUUAUCAUAUCAAUUCGAUCAGCGUCAAUUCGGACAAUGAGACUUAUAUAAGUGCCGACGAUUUAAGGAUAAACCUGUGGAACCUGGGCAUUUCCGACCAGAGUUUUAAUAUUGUGGAUAUUAAACCGGCUAAUAUGGAGGAGCUGACCGAGGUGAUUACAUCGGCUCGAUUCCAUCCAAAGAGCUGUAACUUGUUCAUGUAUAGCACGUCGAAAGGAUCGAUUAAACUGGCGGAUAUGCGAGAGAAUGCGCUUUGCGACAAACAUGCCAAAGUAUAUGAACAAUGGAGCGGCAAUGCCGAACAGUCGUUUUUCACGGAAAUCACCUCGAGUAUUGCCAAUGUGCGGUUUUCGUAUGAUGGCAGAUAUAUUGUGGCUAGAGAUUAUAUGACAGUCAAGAUCUGGGACGUGAAUAUGGAAAGAGAGCCCAUUAAAAGUAUUAAUAUCCACGAGCAUAUUCGAGAACGACUUUGUGACGCUUAUGAGAACGAUGCCAUUUUCGACAAGUUCGAGGUGGUGUUUUCAGGCGAUUCUAAGUCGGUUAUGACAGGCUCGUAUAACAAUACCAUCAUGAUCUAUCCGGAUGCUGUGAAUACCAGUGCUGACGAUACUCAGGUGGUGCUGCAAGCAGAUAAAUCGGCGUUCAAGGCCAAGAAAGUAGGAGUUCCUAUGCCCAUUGGCACGAACCCCAAUGCCGCAAACUACCUCAACAAAAACGGUCGCCCUGCCACUCCUGGUCGGUCCGGCGGCAUUAACAUGAUGAAACGCGACCUCGACCACGAGCCCGUCGACCUCAAAAAGAACAUUCAGCACCUCAGCUGGCACCCCAACGAGAACUCCAUCGCCAUCGCUGCCACUAACAACCUGUUUGUCUUCUCCACCUUGUAG